AUGGAUGCUCGUCCCAUUCCCAGCGCAACAGCGGAGACCCAAAAGAUCAUGAAUAUAUCUGAAAAUACCUUUGGAGACAAUACGCAUAUCCACCAUGGCGAUAUUAUCAACAAUCUUGCGUUCCGCAAGCCUCUACCCACCGCUCGAGAUGCAGAGUUCGGUUCUUUUGCCGAACAGCACAACAGAGACUGCCUUCCCGGCACGCGAGUCGACCUCCUUCGCGAAAUCAUGGAGUGGACAGACAAUCCAUCCACCGAAUGCAUAUUCUGGCUGAACGGAAUGGCAGGCACGGGAAAGUCAACCAUUUCCCGCACAGUUGCUCGAUCGCUCCAGGAAAGGGGAGCACUCGGUGCUAGCUUCUUCUUCAAGAGAGGCGAGCAGGAUCGAGGGCAUGCGCGCUUGUUCUUCACAACGAUUGCUUCGCAGCUUGUGAUUUGGAAACCCGCCCUCCAGGGCUCUGUCGCGGAAGCCAGGGAGACCUACAAAGGCAUUGAGGAUAAGAGCAUGCGAGAGCAGUUUGAGAAGCUCAUCCUACAACCCUUGAGCAAGAUCCAGCGGUUGGACGAGCCAGUCGUGGUCGUUAUCGACGCGCUGGAUGAAUGCGACCAGGAUGAAACCAUCGGGCUUAUCAUCCAGUUGUUGCCACAGGUCAAGGCACUGACUUCGGUACGCAUGAAAAUAUUCAUCACCAGCCGGCCCGAGCUGCCGAUUCGUCUUGGUUUCAAGUCAAUAACGGGCACGUACAAGGACAUUGCCCUGCACCAGAUACCUGAGCCCGUGAUUGAACAUGACAUACUCUUAUUCUUUCAGUCUGAAUUCGCAAGAAUACGAGGAGACUACUAUGAGGACAUCCAACUUCCAUCAGGAUGGCCUGACAACAACGCUAUCCAAACCCUUGUCCAAAUGGCCGUUCCUCUAUUCAUUUUUGCCACGACCAUCUGCCGCUUUGUCGCAGAUCCAGUCUGGUCAGACCCCGUCAGUCAGUUGGAGAAAGUGCUAGAAUAUCGGUCGAACGCCGGUGAAUCUGAGCUGGAAAAGCUCGAAUCGACAUAUCUUCCAAUACUCAACCGGCUGAUCGAUGGAACCGCUGGCCUGAAGAGGAGUCGCUUGGUGGAUGAGUUUCGCGCUGUUGUUGGCCCCAUUGUCCUUCUCGCGACGCCUCUCUCCAUCGCUGCUCUCGCAAGACUCCUCGACAUCCGCCCAGCGGCCAUAAACGGCCGGCUCAGAACUCUCCAUUCCCUCAUCAGUGUAUCUGCCCAGCCAGACACCCCUAUUAGGAUCUUCCACCUGUCUUUCCGCGAUUUUCUCGUCGACCCUAUCAGACGGCAUGAGUUCUGCGUGGGCGAGAGAGAGUGCCACGAGAGACUCGCACACCGCUGUCUCCAAGUCCUAGAGGCAAAUCUAAAGAGAGACGUAUGUAAUUUACAAGCUCCUGAUGUGGCUGGCUCAGCAGUCGAUCCCAGUGUGGUUAAGAUGUACCUACCAGCACAUGUCGAGUAUGCCUGCCUGUAUUGGGCGUAUCAUAUAGAGCAGAGUAAGGGUCGCGUCACCGAGGUGCAAAUCGACCUGUUUCUUCAGCGCCACCUCCUUCAUUGGUUGGAAGCCUUAUGUCUUCUAAAGAAGAUAAGAGCGAGUAUCGCCAUACUGGAAACCCUAUCUAAAUACGUCCAGCCUGGGACCAUGCUUGAAGGAUUCCUCCGGGACGCGAGCCGGUUCACUCUGAAUUGUAUCCCUGUCAUGAUUAGGUUUCCUCUGCAGCUCUACAAUUCGGCAAUCGUUUUUUCUCCCCAGAACAGCGAAAUCCGAAAUGCCUUCAUCGACGAAAUGCCCUCCUGGAUAUCCCCCUUCCCGGUUGUGGACCCAGAAUGGAACACGUUCCUCGUGCACACGCUCGAGGGUCAUGGCGGACCAGUCAACUCUGUGGUCUGGUCACACGAUGCAACUAGGCUGGCGACGGCGUCAAGAGAUAAAACUGUGAAGAUCUGGCACGCGGUAACUGGGCAGUGUGAAUUGACACUAGAAGGCCACAGCGACUCCAUAACCUCCGUUACAUGGUCGCAAGAUGCAGCUUGGCUUGCAACAGCGUCAAAUGAUUAUACUAUCAAGGUUUGGGACCCAGUGACCAGUCAGUGUGUAUCGACCCUCGAGGACGACACCACGUUCGGAUUUGUUGGAUGGUCGCAUGAUGCCCAAUGGCUUGCGUCUAUCUCAUCCCACGGCGGUACCAUUAAGAUCUGGGAGCGAGCGACUGGCCGUUGUAAAACGACAAUUAGAGGCCACGAAAAGGAUUUCUACUUUCUUUCUUGGUCGCAUACUGCGGCCUUGUUCGCAUAUGGAUCGCAUUAUGACGUUGCUAUCAAGAUCUGGGACUCGGCAACUAAUAAGUGCAUAACGACUCUUCAAAGUGGAGACACUUCUGUUCGAUCUAUAACUUGGCUGCGCAGCGGUACGAACCAAAUCAUGUCCGCUGCGGUCAAUGGAACUGUGAAGACCUGGGACGUGACAACCAACCAGUGUACAUCAACUGUGAAGGUCGAGGGUCGUCUUCAUAACAUAACCUGGUCGCAUGACGCAACCCGGCUUGCAUCGGCAUUCGACUAUAAUAUCAAGAUCUAUGAUCUAGCGACUGGCCAGAUAAUAUCGACGUUCGGAGGCCCUGACCACAACAUCAACGCCAUAUCCUGGUCAAGCAACAUAGCUAGACUUGCAUCAGCCUCGCAUGAUCGUACCAUCAAGAUCUGGGACCCGGCGGAUGGUCAAUAUGUUUCAACACUCGAGAGCCACAGCGCAAGGGUCACCUCUGUAGCCUUUUCAUACAACGCGGUCUACCUCGCAUCAGCAUCAGCCGACCAUGUCAUCAAAAUCUGGGAACCAGAAACUGGUCAAUAUUUAUCGACGCUCGAGGGUCUCGGCAAGGAGACAAGACUUAUGUCCUGGUCGUACGACACAAGCCAUCUUGCAGUACUAUCUGACGACUGCACCAUCAGUAUCUGGGAUAUACAGACUGGCGACCAUGUAUCAAUACCCGUAGCCCAUAACGGUGUCAUAAACUCCAUAUCGUGGUCAUAUACCGCCGCCCGUCUUGCCUCCGCAUCAGAUGAUGAUACCAUUAGGAUCUGGGAUCCAGCGACUGGCGAGUGUAUAUUUACGCUCAAGGGGCAUAAAGAUUUUGUGAACUCUGUUACCUGGUCAAAUGAUUCAACUCGACUUAUUUCCGCAUCAGAAGACUGCACUAUCAAGAUAUGGGACGUUGCAACGGGCCAGUGCGUGUCAACGCUCAAGGAACCCAGUGGCUGGGCAAGUGCUGUAGCUGUGUCGCAAGAUAUGACCCGGUUGGCAUUAGCAACGCCUAGUUUCGCUAUCAAGAUCUGGGACCCUGUGAACGGUCAGCAUAGAUCAACACUUGGGGGUCAUGGCAAUUAUGUGAGGUCCCUGGCCUGGUCGCACAACGCGGCACGCCUUGCAUCGGCCGCGGAUGAUAAGACCAUCAAGAUCUGGGAUCUGGCGACUGGCCAAUGCAUGUCGUCACUUGCGAUUGACGACCCGUUCUGUAGAAAGGACUUCCAGUUUCAGAAGACUGAGUUGUACCAUUUACAAACCACGCUCGGCGCUUUUGAAGUACAAAUUGCUACAGAACCUCUGAAACAAUCCGAUUCCCCGCCUCUACUUGCAUCAUACGGUUUCGACACUGAGUAUACCUGGCUCUCAUACAAAGAUCAGAAUCUUCUCUGGCUACCAUCAGAGUAUCGACCAUCAACAUCGACUUUCCAUGGAAGAGUGGCCGCCAUUGGGUGCAGAUCAGGUCGUGUCUUCUUCUUCAACUUCGCCAAACCAAAUCCCCUUUCAUAA